AUGCCUACUCGUCUGUCGAAGACCAGAAAACACUUCCACAAGACUCAGAACCAAUUCUGGAAACCAACCAUCAACCUCGAGAAGCUUUGGACUUUGAUCCCACAAGAGACCCGUGACGAAUAUAUCUCCGGCUCGAAGAAGGAUACUGCUCCUGUAUUUGACUUGUUGGCACUCGGCUACUCCAAAGUUUUGGGCAAGGGCCGAAUUCCCGAAAUCCCAAUCGUCGUUCGAGCUCGGUAUGUCAGCAAGGAGGCAGAGCGAAAGAUCACAGAGGCAGGUGGCAAGAUCGAGCUUGUUGCAUAA